AUGAAGUUGGAUGUGCUUGAGAAAGCUUAUGAGAGAGUGGAUCCUGCUACUUCUAGCUUAAAAACUGAAGUACUUAGGACUAACUUAACUGAUCUUUAUAAGGAGUAUCAGGAUAGGACCCGGGGCAGUUCUUCAGGUGCUUCAUUUGUUCCAAAUCCACAGGAUCUAGUUACUGAAUCUCCUCUUGAAGAUGAUUUAGACAAUGAUCUCUUUGAACUAGAAAGAAGCCUUGGAAGUAAUAUGGGAAACACAAAAACACAUUUAGAUGUGUAUUUGGAGGAGAAAAGGCUAGAUAGAAAGUCAUUUCCUGAUUUGGAUGUUUUAAGCUAUUGGAGAGAGAACCAGUUUAGAUUUGGUGAUUUAGCUGUUGGAUAA